AUUACAGAAGUAACCAAUGGGGAGACGAAAGUUGUUCUUGUUUAAACUUUGGUACCAGUCACCACCGACUAGAUUUUUUUAGUGGGUGAUGUGAUGAUAUGACAAAACAGAAGGCACACCAACAUGCUGGAUUUAUAAGCGAAUGAAGAAGCAACCACUACUCUUGUCUUGCUGGGUUUUCUGGUCAUGGCCUUCUCUACUUCUUGCCUCUUCGUCUCUCCAAUCUCAGCUCUCAAGAUUGACUAUGCUAAGAAGACUAUAAGGUGUUGGAAGAAUGAUGGAAGGGAACAAAGGUUCAGUUUUUCACUUCGAGGUAAUAAUACUGCACUUUUAGGUCAACAGAUUGUGACGGCAGGAGCUCAUCUACACAAGGACUGGAGCUUUGUUGGUGGUUCAAGAGUUACUGUAACACCAAAACUUGAGAUAGCCAGUCUGCCUCCAAAAAACCCCGGAGUAUAUGCAUCAUGGUUGGCAAGUUCUCAAAUAGCUAGCACUGCUUUUACUUUGGGAACAGCAGCAGUACUCCCAUUUUAUGGCCUCAUGGUUCUUGCACCUAAAGCUGAACUAACAAAAGCAUCUAUUGAAAGCAGUAUACCGUAUAUAGUGCUUGGACUUCUCUAUGCUUAUCUACUAUACCUCUCUUGGACUCCAGAAACAAUUCGAUUGAUAUUUGCAAGUCAAUACUGGCUGCCUGAGCUGCCUGGGAUUGCAAAGAUGUUCUCGAAUGAGAUGACAUUAGCUUCUGCGUGGAUUCACUUGUUGGUUGUUGAUCUCUUUGCAGCAAGGCAGGUUUAUCACGAUGGACUGGAAAACCAAAUCGAGACGCGACAUUCAAUUUCCCUUUGUCUGUUUGUCUGCCCCAUUGGAAUUCUUACUCAUGUCAUUACCAAAGCACUGACUAAAAGUGCUGGAAAGUCCAGCACACACAAAAUCCAUUGAUGACAAUUACACUCAGCUGAAACAAUUUAAGGAUUUCUUGCAAGUUGAAAAGAAAACCUUGAUUUGAAUGAAGAUGCUUAUUUUUUUAAAGCUAAUUACAAAAUAUAGGUUCUUGUAAGCACUGAACUCCCAUUUUCUCAAUUGAAAUUUGACUGUUCUGGAGGUA